AUUUGCUAAAGGCAAUAGCCUUUGGAAGCAUAUGAAAACUGAUAUAAACUAUUACAACGGUCAGGAGCACAUGGAGCAUGAUAAGUCUGAACAAUACUUUCAAGUGAAUUCAUACACUUACACCAAAGCAAAACAGAAUCCACAAAUAAGUCCACUCAGGCCUUUAAAGAAAGACCUGUUCAAGGUGAGUGAUGUAGGUGAUAUAACUAUUUUAAGUGGGAACAGGUUGAUGAACAUUGAAAAUAUGAUGUCCACAUUUAGCAGUGUUUAUUCAGACCAUCUGAGUUCUUCACCAAAAUGCCAGCCAAGCUUUGCAGUCCCCGCUGAGUCAGAAAAACAAAAGGACUUGGCUUUCAGUAUAUCAUAAAGUUCAAAAAAUGC